AUGCCUUCCGACACAAUCAACAGCCCUCGCUCCUGGCUGCCUCCCCUCACCUCCAAAUCCCAGCAGCUGAUCCUGAACAAGACCUUCAAGGGCAAUCCUGCUGAAGGAUCAGUCUUUGGAGGGACAGUCAAGCUGCAGAAGCUCUCAGAGGAAGACGAUGAGGAGGUCGACAAGUUCUUUGUGGAUCGCUUCUACCGCCUGCAGGAUCGCGGGAGCCGGAAGAUUAUUCUUGGAUGCAAGUACGAGUCGUCCAAGGGGGAAGGGAGGCUAAGGAUGGCCUUCGAACCUGACGGCAGUAGCAGCAGUGAGAUCUCGACCGUGAGCAUCGAGCGUAUCCUGUCCCUCGUGCAUGAUGCCGAGGGCGAGCGUGACUCGCUGGGCUCUGGAGAGAUUUUCAGGAGGAGGGUGGAGCUGCUCGCCGAGUGCUGCGGGUGGGUGGAGCUGAAGCAGAUGACGCUGAAGCAGCUUGCCCGAGCAGUCGAGCUUUACUUCGAGUCGUUCCAGGAGGUCCUGCUGGGAAGGCCGAUGCUCGAGGGAGCAACGGCUACUGUGAUGACGGACAAGGAGCGCGCUCCUCUGACCCCACAGCUGCUGCUCGCCAACCACAAGAGGAAGGAGGUAGAGUCUUGGAGGAACAAGAAGCGGGCGGAGGCCAGGAGGAAGCAAGUGGAGAUCGACGCUCUCGCCAAAUCGAUCGAGGAGGAGAACGCAGUCACAGCUGAGCUCAUUGUGUCCCCCAAGGCCUGGACGAGGAAGGGGCAGUUGGAGAUCGCAGAGAUGAAGAGGGCGACUCGGCUGAAGGAGGCAGACAAGGAAACGAAGGAGCGAGAGCUUGCGGCCAUCUCCAAGGAUGCAGAGAUGGAUGUGAAGAGUGUGUUGGAGGACAUGUGGAGGACGGCAGAGGAGGAGACGAGGAGACAAUAUGAGCUGGAGUACACCGCGCUCAACGAUAGCUUCAUCGAGCCGCGCGUGGGGCAGAGAGUCCGGCACACCGCACUCUUCCUCCAUCACCUGAGGAGGAAGGGAGGGCUGGACAAGUCCCUUGCUCCGGGCUCCUGCGAGCACCUCAAGAAGACUUCCUCCCGCUGGUUCGGCAACAAGACGUUCCAGGAUGGAAACUUCCCUGACAUUCCUGUGGGGGUCCUGGCGGACCAUGGCGGGGUGGGGACGGUGAAGGUGGUUCACAGGGAGGGAGAUCGGGUGCUGGUCUCGUGGGACAGGACUGGAAGGAUGGGGUGGUACAGUACCGGGUACAUGUGCAGGUACCACCUUGCCAUCUGCGAUCAGGACGAAGGGGUGGGGACGACAGGGUGUACGGAGGGGCUGACGAGCCUGCGGCUCAUGACCAACAGGGUGGACAUGCACUUCAGUGAAGCGGCGAUGAGGAAGGAGAUCAGAAAGCAGAACGCGUUGGGUACCACACGGGCGCUCCCAGACACUCAGAAGGAGGGGCAGAAGCACAUUGGAAGGGACUACGACAGGAUGAAGGGGACGGGAUACCUAUGAGUGGAUGUGGCGGGGUGGGGCGAGGGAGAGGGAGGGAGAGAGAUGUAGGAGGAGAGGGGCGAUUGAGCUCAGUUGUCAUGAGGGAUCAUCGAGUUUGGCAGAGACAGUGAUAAGACAUGAAAUGCAUUCAGCACGCAAGGCCAUUCUCUCAGUGUAAUCACCACAACUGUUCCUGAAAAUUAAAAAAGGACGCAAAAUUUAAUUCGCCAUACAAUACAACAAUCAAAACUUAUCUACAAAUACCGCCUCUCUCUCCCCCCUACAUGCUCAAGCACACUCAUGCCACGAUCCCGUCCGGUUUAGGUCCCAG